AUCCAAACAAAGGAGAUUGCUUUGGAGAGGUAGCACUGGGCGCCUAUGCUGACGGCUGUUUAACAUUGACGGGACUCAAUUUGUGUAACUGAUUGAAGGUUGCUUCCAUUGUUAUAUGCUGUUACUGUUGCUCAGGCCUAAGAGGUUGCUGCACUUGACGAAAAUACGGUGUGAGUCGAGCAACCUUCCAGACGGUGCUGCUAGUCGGCAAUUCAUCAAUUGUACAGUGGCUCGUUGCAGUUCAGUUGCUGAGUCAAUGCUGGGCAUGCAAACUCACUCGCGUCCUCUUCCAUUCAGCAGAUAAAGAAAAGAAAGGAAGAGAAGAGACGAGAGUGAAAGGGGGGAGAAGACUGAGGGAAGAUUGCUCGGUGGUAUGCCGCUUGGCGCCUUCGGCCAGGCACUGACUAAAAUGGACUAGUGCGGAAACAAGAAUCUUUAGACUUUAGUUUCGUCCUUCGCAGGUGAGCAACGAACUUCAUUCACGAUAACUGGAAUACCUUUAUCUCUUUUCCCCUUCUGUGUCUACACCAGCAUUUGUCUGCCGCAGAAUUGCUGAGUCCUCUUCUACACAAUGACAACCAACAUCCCUCGCCAGACGAUACGAGUCCUCUCGUCACGAGCCCGCUCCUCCCUUAGACCAUCUUCCCUCUCCUCAUCGCAACGGGCAUUCUCCGUCUCAGCAUCUUGUGCAGGUGAGAAGAACCACGAGUAUGUGGAUAAGCCGCGCUGGUCUUACACUCCUCCCGGCAUGAAAGCGCCAUUCAGUCUGCGCCAAAUCGAUAGUAAACGACAGCCGUAUCAAGUAAACGAGGACCCGGCGGUCUUGGAUAGGUUUUAUAUCUCGUUAUUGGGUCCGGGUGGGGAUAAGAAGCUCUCGGAAGAGAUCAAAUGGUUGGCGGUCACUCAUAAGAGCUUUGAUCAGGGUCGCCGAGGUUUCAAUGACCGCCUAGCGCUGCUCGGUAAACGCAUUGUGCAGCUACAGGCAUCGUUGAAUCUCGUCCAGAAUCCGGAAAAUUACAAAACCAAUGUCCCGCCUCUGAGCCGCGCUGAUAAAGGAAAAGUCUUCAAUCAUCCUGCUCUAGAAGGCUUAGAAAACCUCACUUUGGAUAACCGCGGAUGGUUUACACAUAAGAUUAACUUGGCGAAAAUCGCAGAAAAGUACGAGCUGUUGAAGGUUCUCCGAUGGGCGCCGGUGAAGGUAAGUUAAGAGCUGGCUAUCUCCGUGUGUAUCUUGAGCUAAUAUUUGUGUUCAAAUUAGCCUGAUGAUUUGGAAGGCUCCGGUCUCAAUGUCGUUCUCACCCAUACGUUGUAUGCCAUCGUUGGAGCUAUCGCCCUCGAAAGAGGUGGCGUUGAAGCUAAUGAAUUCGCUCGACAACGGAUCUUAGCUCCCCAAGGAUUGGGGAGUGCGUGAUUGUUCAUGCGGUUAGGCUGUUAGCGAAGGAGCAUUCAAGGCGUUUAUGUGAAUUUCUUCAUCUUCUCAUGUAUUCAUAUUGUUUAUAUGUGGUUAUAUAUGGUUGUUUGCUUGAUUGGUUCUUUUACUGUCAAGAGGAAAUGUGUAGAACAGCAUACUGUAUUAUACGACUUCAAACUAGUCAUCAAAUAUAUACCUGCGUAAUUAGACC